CGACAAGCAUAGACGCCUUUUACAGUAUCCAUGGGUUGCUGAAGACCUAUCUACCCCAGGUCUUCACGGUUUCAGUAUGAGAUGUGCCAUGGGGUAGUUGCAUGUCAACAGCAUAUAUUACUAGGAUACGUGCUUAUACAAUCCUAUUAAACAGUGUCAAGAACGUCUUUGCAUUAUUAGGGACAUUACAUGCAAACAAUUUUGUUUGAUAUUUUAGGCCGCACUCUGCAAUGUCCCAGCUAUAUGACAGCGGCAGGUAAUUAAUUGAGAUAAGAUCGAUAUUGUGAGCAACGGUUCACGCCGUCGGGUACGAUGACACGCAGUCAACCAAGUCAUCGAGUCUUACCACCCGAUCCAUUUGUUCGUCUCUUACGACCAGCACAGAUUGCUAGGGAUCUAUUCAAACCCGGAAUCCCAUGGGUGUUAUGAAAAGAAAGAAAAAGUUAUUGUGAAAAGCAACUUGAACUAUACUUAUCAACCUUACAUAUAUUAAUGUGUUAAUAUUAGAUUUAAUUUAUGGAUGUUAAGGAAAAGAAUAAAGCCCUUUGUGUCAUCAGUAAUGAACAGAUUUAAUUUUUGAUUAUUUCCCAUACUAUGGUUGGUGUAGUAUCAAUAGCGUUAUUUUGAAACACACAAUGAAUAAUACGAAUUGUAUCCCAUUGUGUCAGUAAGUAUUGUGAUAACCUCAAGUGUGACCUAGAUGAGUAUCGAUUAUACGUAUUAUCAUUUACAUGCCUGUAAAUAUAUACAUACGUUACAUAAUGAGGAAAACCCUAUCAACUAAGAUAAGAUUUAUUGUAUAUCAUUUAAACAAAGACACUGUUUCAUACACUGAGUCAUGUUGUUAAAAGUAUAUUAAGCACCAAGUCAAAAUAUAUCAUAUCAGAAAUCACAAAUGUCACUUUUAUUUUUACUGCAGGACAGUUUGAUGGGAUGCUUUUCUUCUUCAAACAUUGCUCUUUAUGUCCGCAUCACUCAUAAUUAUGUAUUCAUAGAGAAUCUCACCCGAGUGUCUUUUGAUAUCAAAUAUAUCAACACGAGUUGAUAAAAGUCAGACAGUGGAAAAACUCCACGUGAGAGGGUGCGAUUUUAUGUGUCAUCCAACAUCAUUUUCCCAACUUUUUCAGUUUGUAGACAGUAAUAAGCAGUGUCUUAAGUGUAAAAAGUACUGCCAACAGAUUCAGUAGCAGAGCAAUUAGUGAUGGCAUUUGAUUGUGACGUCAUGGUUACCAAAGACGAUAUCUCCCCAAGCGAUAUCUCCUGUGGGGGCCAGUUUUAAAAUGGCGUAUUCAAUAUGUAUUUUAUAUAUAAGCAGCAUGACGCACAUGAUCCGUUUAAGAUCUGUUUAACUUCGGGCUUUUUUCCCAUAUUAAACUGAAACGCUUUGGCGCUGAAAUAUUGUUCAAGUCAGGGUUAAACCAUCCUGUUAUAGUCCGGUGUGUAGAGAAUCUCACCGAAGUGUCUUUUGAUAUCCAUCAUAUCACCGAUAAAAGUUUAAAAUUCGAAGGUCGAGGUUUAAACUUUUAUAGAUGAGUGUUGAUAUAUUUCAUACCGGAAGACACAAGUGUGAGAUUCCAUUUAUCAUCCCAAAUCGUUCUUCAGUUUAUAAACUGUGAAAACCAGUGUCCUCAGUGUCAACACUACCAAGGCUACCAAGCCUCUGUGGCAGAGGGAUUAGUGAUGUCAUUUGAUUAUGACGUCAUCGGUUACAAUCGGUGGACUGCAAAGCGAUAUGUAUCCUUUGGAAGCCAGUUUGGGAUGACAAAUGAUAUAUGCCAGCUUAAAGUUAUAAAACUGAUGGGGAUGUUUGAGUUAUAUACUUUCACGAUAACAGUCACUGUAAUAAAUAAGUGAUGAUAAAUAUUUUAACAGCUAUAGCUUAAUGCGUUGGCGUUAUAUAUUCAACUCCUUCUUCUUUAAAUAUACGUUUGUAUAUAAAUGUAUAUAUGCCACGGGGGCACGGAUGGCACAAUCGUCUAAGGCGCCGCGAUUCGCUGUGCAGAGUUGCGUGAUUCAGUCUAUGAAUAGUACCGUCAGCCUGUGUUAGCAACCCCUAACGAUCAUGAUCACAUAGAUAACACGGUUAUGAGGUAAGCCCUACUCCAGUGACAUAAUGCACGAUAUUUUUAACUUGACCACAACUGCUGUCAUUGUGCAAUGUAUAUCUAUAUAAACAUAUACGUUAAUGUCAUGUCUUCAUACAGGAAGGGACAGAAAACGUUUCCUCGUCUUAAGAAAUAAAUUCUAAAAACAGAGUCCAUUGUACGUGAAAGUAACCUUAAGACCUUGCACUUCAGUUCAUACAGUAUGUUAUAUAAACCUUCGACAGUGAAGGCAAUAUGGAGGCAUGUGAACAAUACUGCAAUGCUCGGUAUACUGCCCCUAGGAACCAUUCCACUGAGCCCCUGUUGUCUUAAGGCACUGAUUAGUGCCCGUAUGCCACAGAAUGGCUUUCCUUUCCCUAGGAUCACCCCCUUGUAACUGUUACUCGUUGAGUAAUGAAAGCAAGGGAGACUUUCCGAACAAUCAUGGAUUGCUAACGGAUUUAGUCACACUGAUGUGUUAUUAUGGGUCACGUCAAUAGCGGUAAAGGUAUUAUAAUGGAGGUUUAAAUAUGUUUCAGGGAGACUUCCGUGUUUGAAUUUGACCCUCAUUCACGUCGGAUUCUGGUUUCGCAAAUACCUGAGGUCAUCACUAUAACUGUUAAUUGUAUAACGUCUCGGAUUUGUCGCUUCAUUUUGUUUGAACUGAAAUAUUAAUAUGAAUAUUACCAAGGACGUCAUUCAUAUUUACACCAGUAAAUGAGAUAAUGUAUUUUAUCCAUACGACAAAGAAGUAAAGAAAAAAGCAAAUAACAUUAAAACGUACCGAUCUUAUGAUAUCAACUGAGUUAUAGAACAUAUUACAGAUGAGGUCACAUCAGAUGCUGUCCCCUAUUUUAAGAGACAACAUAACAAACAACCCCGUCCCUAUUUCUGUGAAUGACAACAUGGUGAGUAUAAACACAUGCACUGGUGUAGGCUGUAUCAGUACCCUGUGGAUGUGAGAAGCAUGACCAACUACAAGGUACUUAUUGCCCAUCAUGACGGCUACAGAAUAACACGUGAAGAAUGGAGAGUAAAUGUCAGUCCUCUGUCGUAUGUGCCCCCGUAGGGGUCAAUACUGGUGGCUUCAUGGCUAAAGAUAACACGGUUUGUCAGGAGAGCACCACAUGCGAAGAUGAUAGUUACAAUGGGACGCCAUGCAGGGCUGAUCUUGGACUCAGGUCAGCAACAGGGGCCUACAACAGCAACUUGUCUAACGCCAACGUCGCCGGCGUCGUGCAUGGGGACAACGUCACGACCCAUGCCACGCAAUACAAUAUUAACAUCAACUCCUUUGGCGCCAAAGAAGAUAGCAUAAUUGACAACGAUGAAGAUGGUGAAAUAGCUUCUGUUCGAAAGGCUUCAGUUGGCUCCAUAGAAAUUAAUUUGACUAGUCACGGUGUAGACAUAAGACUUGGUUGCCAAGGUGAAGCCAACCCACAUGUUGUACACUCACAGCUGACAGAGGAUAAAUUGAAUUCUGACUCCAAGACCGGUGUCACUGGCGCGAUUGAUGAAUCCAAAACGCCCAUGACAAUUCCUAAAGAGGCGAAAUCAGGUAUUCAGGAAGACGGUUCAUUAUCUUCAUACCGACCUACCAUUGGUGUAGCAUCAUCUUACACCGGCGUCUGGAAUUGGCUCAGAGGUAGUUUUUCUUCAAACCAUGGCACAUCUGAACCCUCUACUGAUGAAGACAGUUACAUUUUUGAAGAAGUAGAUGACUUCAUCGUUGUGUCCCCCUCUGACAUCAAGCUGCAGGGGAAGGUCAAGGUCUCUUCUCAUGACUGUACCGACGGGAAAUCUUUGCAUCCCACCAAGACAAAAAGAGCUUCCAAACACCAAGAAGACGGUCACAUUGUCGGGACAUUGAUGACAAAUUUGUUUCAAGAUCCGCCGCAAACCUGUGAAAACCAAAUACCAAUCACGUCUCUUCAAGAAGGCACCCAAACGACCGGUGACUCUGUAGUCAAAGAACAUUCCCAUGGUGUAACAUCUGGAUGUGACCUUCCAGGCAAUGACAUUAACAGCCUACAUGCUUCCACCGAGACUGGUGAUAACUUUCACCUUGAAUAUAUGCUUGCAAAAGUGAAAACAAUGAAUGAACCGUGGCGCUCCUGCACUGAAGAAGCAUUCCUGUCACUGUUGGCACUUGCAGACCAUGGAGACAUCGCCCAACUGAAACGUCUUUCUGUGUUCCUGCGUAGCGUUUUAAUUGAAACACAAAACGUUUUUCAUCCUUCGGCAAAUCAUCAAAGCUUUUUCAACUAUGUCAAACUGCUUCAAAGAAUCAGGAACCUUUCAGAUCAUGUUCGCUGGAGAACAGAAUUAAAUGUAUCUUCUAUCGUGAACAUAGCACAGCAAGAUCCUAGCAAGAUGAGUGACAUUGUUACAUUUCUGAAUAACAUUUUGCUAAAUGAACCAAACUAAGGCAGUAUUAUUGCGUGUGAUCUGUAGUAGUAGUAGUAGUAGUAGUAGUAGUAGUAGUAGUAGUAGUAGUAGUAGUAGUAGUAGUAGUAGUAAAAAGAAGAAUUAGAAUUAAUGUGUUUGUUUCAGACACUGUGCUGUUUAACAGAUGUUGUAUUACUGCUGAGAUGAAACAGUGAACCAUGCACUCAACCAAGAUAUUCUAAACCAAGUUUACACCUACAUGUAAUUCUAAAUUCAAUUUGUAUUUGAUUGGGUACAGUUGCUGUUGUAAGGAUUACAGUCAUGUCAUGUAGAUACUGAGAAUUGAUUUGAAAUAAACUGAA